CCCGCCCGCCUCGCUCCCGGCGCCGCGGGCAGCGCGCAGCAUGGCCGCGCUGCGCAGAGCCCCAGCCCCGGCCCCAAUCCCAGCCCCAAUCCCAGCCCAAACCCCAGCCCCCGAGCCGGCCCCGGCCCCGCUGCCGGCCCCGUCCCGCCCCUCCGCUCCCCGCCGCCCCGCGCCCGCCCCGCGCCGCGCAUAAAAGGGCCCCGCGGCCGCCCCCGCCCCGCUCCGUUCCGCUCCGCUCCGCCGGCCCGGCCAUGGCCAAGGACCAGCUGAAGCCGCGGCUGUGCCACAUGCUGAAGGGGGAGAACGGCUACGGCUUCCACCUGCACGGCGAGAAGGGCAAGAGCGGGCAGUUCAUCCGCAAAGUGGAGCCCGGUUCCCCCGCCGAGGCGGCGGGGCUGCGCGCCGGGGACCGCGUCGUGGAGGUGAACGGGCUCAACGUGGAGCAGGAGACGCACCACCAGGUUGUGCAGCGCAUCAAAGCCGUGGAGACAGAGACUCGCUUGCUCGUGGUGGACAAGGAGACGGACGAGUACCUGUGCAGCCUGCGCCUGACGUGCACGGAGGAGAUGGUGCACAGUGGGGUCCUGCUGGGCUCUGGCAUCUCGCCCACCAAGUCGGUGGGCAGUGACAACGGGGAGGUCUGGAAGCCGCAGCUGGACCUGAGCGGGGGCAGCCUCCAGCGGCACUCGCACAGCUUCUCCUCGCACGGCAGCAGGAAGGAUUUAAACGGACAGAAAGAGCUGUGCCCACGUCUCUGCCACCUGAAGAAAGGCCCCAAUGGCUACGGCUUCAACCUGCACAGCGAGAAGUCCCGGCCGGGGCAGUUCAUCCGCUCGGUCGACCCGGACUCUCCAGCCUCCAGAGCGGGACUGCGGCCCCAGGACCGGCUGGUGGAGGUGAACGGGAUAAACGUGGAGGGGCUGAGGCACUCGGAGGUCGUGUCCCACAUCAAGGCCAGGGAGAGCGAAGCCAGGCUCCUGGUGGUGGACCCCGAAACAGAUGAUUACUUCAAGAAGCUGGGGGUGACCCCCACCGAGGAGCACACCAAAGGUGUGGUGCCUCAGCCCCUGACGAACGGAUCCGCGCAGACGCAGCUGAAUGGAGGAUCCACAUCUUCAUCUCACAGUGACCUUCAAAGUCCCGGGAAGGAAUCGGAGGACGGAGACUCGGAGAAGAGGGACCCGUUUGAGGAGAGCGGGCUGAGCCUGAGCCCCACGGCUGCCGAGGCCAAGGAGAAGGUGCGGGCCAAGCGGGUGAAGAAGAGGGCCCCGCAGAUGGACUGGAACAAGAAGCGAGAGAUUUUCAGUAAUUUCUGAACCUUGCCGGUGGCGCUGCCUGCCUUCCCCUGCACCUGGCCGGACGUUCAGAGGUGCCUGCGCCCUCUCCUUCGGUGUCCACGUGAGAUGCUUUGUGCUCUGCUCUUCACUGGUUGCUUUUAUGAGGCGUAUUUUAAAGUCCUUUUUUUUAUUGUUGUUGUUAUUAUUAUUAUUGUUGUUACUCACCAGCGAUUCUCAUAAGACAAAUGUGACCAAAGCUCCUUUUCUUGCUUGCUCUUCAGCCCAGUCUGGCUGCCUGCUGUCCCCUGUUCCUGCUGAGAAAAGACUGGAAGAGUUUAACUCUUGUUUCUUACCUGCA